GUAUUCAUGGCUGAUUUUUUGUCAAUGUGUAUGGUGGUGCAAUAAAUGGCGAUUCGUGAACGCGAUAACUAUUGAUGUGUACAAAAGGAAUCUUAUCGCUAUUACAGUAAAAAAAACGCAAAAAGUUCUCCUAUUAAUACUUAUUUCCGUUAUUAAAAUGCGGUCUGUUGUGGAAAUAGGUGCUAGUGUCCCUGCUUUUCUUGGGAAACUGUGGAAACUGGUCAAUGAUACUGAGACGAAUCAUUUGAUUUCAUGGAGCCCCGGAGGAAAAACAUUUGUAAUAAAAAACCAAGCAGAUUUCGCUCGGGAACUGUUACCCCUUUAUUACAAACACAAUAAUAUGGCAAGUUUUAUAAGGCAAUUAAAUAUGUAUGGAUUUCAUAAAAUAACAUCUGUAGAGAAUGGAGGUUUACGCUAUGAAAAAGAUGAAAUUGAGUUUUCCCAUCACUGCUUCAUGAGGGGUCAUGCUUAUCUUUUGGAGCAUAUUAAAAGAAAGAUAGCAAAUCCCAAAUCUAUUGUGACCAGUGGUGAAAGUGGUGAGAAGAUACUUCUUAAACCUGAGCUCAUGAACAAAGUUCUUACCGAUGUAAAACAGAUGAAAGGUAAACAAGAAACACUUGAUGCAAAAUUUAGUGCCAUGAAGCAAGAGAAUGAAGCCCUGUGGAGGGAGGUAGCAAUUCUUCGUCAAAAACAUAUCAAGCAACAGCAAAUUGUUAACAAUUUAAUCCAAUUCCUGAUGUCAUUGGUGCAGCCUGCAAGACCACCUCCUCCUGGUGGCAACAAUGUUGGAGUAAAGAGACCUUACCAGUUGAUGAUUAAUAGCGCAGCACACAACACACUUGAUGGCUAUCCCAACAAGGCGAAAAAUAUCAAAUUGGACAAAGAUGGCCUUCUUGAAGAAUUGAAUGAAGAAAAUAAUUUGGAAGAUGGCCCCACGAUUCAUGAACUUGUCCAUGAUGAUAUUUGCCACAAUGAUGCGUCUCAAGAUCCCUUGGAUGCUGCUAAUUAUGUCGCGAUUGAUGUUCCCGGUAUUACGACUUACCCUAGCCCUACUGACCCCUCGGCAUUGCAGUACCAAGUUACCAUGGAAGAUGGAGAUGAUGUUGAGACAGAUGGAGCUGCAUCAAUCCGUUUCUAUCCAGCAAACAGGACAAAUGGGAAUACCUUAAACACGACGGAAACCUUACCUGUCGUCAACUCGCCAGUAGCUGAUCCUACAUCACCUGGACAAGUAGUUAACAAUGUGAUGGCUUCACCUGGAACGUCCAAACCUAAAGCAAGAGUUAAUGGACACAAAAAUGCAAGAAGCAUGAUGAAUUCUGCAAACUUUAAUUCUAUGAACCCAUCAGCAGAUUUGAAACUUCCUGCUGAGAUAUUCGCCAGUGACGACUCUGUGAGCGACGCUGGCUUGGCUACAGCAGAGGAUAUCGCUGUGCAGAAUUUGCAGGAUACAUUACUGUCUGGAGAUAUUUGCAAACCUUCCAAGGACAAAAUGUUGGGUACUGGUCUUAAUAUUAAAAUAGAAAAACCAGCAGCAACAUCCAAGAGUUCUAAGAAGUCCAAAAAAGAAGCUAAAAACAACGAGAAUAUGAAUUUGAACCUAGCUGAUAUCAAGACGGAACUUCAGGAUGACUUGGACUGGAAUAAUAUGACUUUGGCUACUAUCAAUAACAACACUAAUGUAAAUAGAUACCAAUCAAGGAAUAGAAGAGAUAACAUCGGCAUAAACAGAGAAGACUUUGCUUCUCUAUUUGGAACAAAUGCAAACAAAAAUGACAUAGAUGACCAUUUGGAUUCAAUGCAAACAGAUCUUGAGUCACUAAGGGAACUUUUGCGAAGUGAUUCUUAUGCUUUUGACACCAACACGUUGAUGGGGGUGGAAUCAUCAUCAAAUUGUCAGAAUAUGCUUGCAGGACCCUCUGACAUAAACUCUGUCAACAAGCUAUUUGGUUCUGACGAUCCCUUCUAUGGACUAUCUUACAAUACUAUGGAUGAUAGAACGAAAGCGGCCAAUGGUGCAAAGAAGCAGAAAGGUGAGAUUACCGAUCUAAACGGUGAAGACGAACACGUGGAGGUCCAGUGUACGGAUGAUGACGUUGAAGGGAAUCAGCUAAUAUCGUAUACAGGAAAUAUUCCAGACUUUGAGUAUAUAAAUAUGCCAGAUUUGGAGGGUGACAAUACGGAAGACGCUUGCAUGUCACCCAGUCCGGCCAGCACGACGUUAAACACUCCUCAAGUGGAAGUUCCGUCCCCGAUGAGCAGGCGGUCCUGAGUCACGAAGGAACGACGCUGCAGGCGACGGGCGGGCCAGUAAACUUUCUGCAGUCGGCUAAAAUACGCAGUCACUCAACAAAUUAGAAAUUAAUUGGUUAUUGUACCUAUAUUGGCGCAAUCUGCUCAUUAGAAAGUAGUCAAUUUUUGUAACUAUUGUAUAGUAACUAUAUUAUUAUGUACAGUUUCAAAAUUUAUUAUUUAAAGAUUUUGGUGUGAUAAUCACAUUAGGAUUACACGGACAAGCAUGGUUGAUUUUGAUUAAUUAUAAGUUCCAAAUGUUUUGUUUGAAGAUUUAUACGGCAAACGCCACGAGAUUAAAGGCCAUAGUAAAUAGUAAAAAAAAAAUGAUAAUAUUGAACAAGUAAAUCUUAAGUUUUUCAAAAUUUUGUUACAAAAGGCGUUUCAAAUACAUAGUACAGAAAAACUUCAUUAAAAUCAUAAUUAUUUAGAAUUUGAAUUUUUUUUUAUUGAAUCGGUAAAGUGAGAUAAGAGUCCAAUUAAUUACGCAACUGUAUUAACAAUAAAAUACUGUAAUAUUAGCGUCGGCUAGUGCUAGCAAUACAAAUUAAUAUCAUCAAAAAAGAUAAAUGUUAUUUAGAGAAAUCUUGCUUAGGUGCCUUAUAAAAAAUAUAAUAUAGUCGAUAUGUACCUAUGUAACUUUUAGACUUAUUUGUAGAGUCAGCAUCACAAGUAGCGGGCCAUAUGAAGUUACCCCGCUUAUUAUAAGAGAUACUGUACCUUAUAUAUUUAAAUUAUAAACUUUCUGAUGCAGCUUUGACCUUCAUAGUGCAAUAAGUAUAAAUUUGUAUUACUACUGUAACAAUACGUCAUGUCACGCCAAUAAUAAAUUAAAAGUUAGCUGUUAAAUAGACAUGGAUAUUACAAAAAUGUGAGUUAUAAUGUGACUGCAAUAUAAUAUAAGACUGUGCCGAAAUAGACGGCUAUAAAGUUAUAAAAGUAGUUUUGUAAACGAUGAUAGGCAGAUUCGAUAAAGAUAUGGUACAUUUUUAUAAUAUCGUUGUUUAAUGACAAUUAUUUUAUUUUUAUUGGUUGAUUGAAAAUCUGAAUUGAGACCCAAGAAAUUACGAUUAUUUUGAAUUUAUGUUUAACACAAAUUACCAGUCGGUUUAAUUGUAUUUUGUGCAUGGUGCAUGCCUUUUAAUUUUGUACUGAAAUAUGCAGUUUAACUGCUUUAAAUUCGGAAUAACAUAAUGUAAUGUUUCAUUGGGUUUCAUACGAGAAAAUGUAAAGUUGACAGGUCAAGUGUAACUGUAAUAGAGGUGUCAAGUCAACUUAAUUAGGCACAGUAUAAUGUAUGAAAGAAAUUAGAUUUAGAGUUCAUGGAAUAUCGAGAUCUAUAACUAAUACUCAUUAUUAUUUUGGCUGCAUUUUUUCUCGUUUUAGACCUAGUGAGAUUUCCAUAAUGUUUGUAAAGGAAAAGUGAAAUGGCCCUAAACUAGUUUGUUUACUAACUUACGAAUAGUUAAGCAAAAUUGUAAUUAUAAAUCCUAAACUGGUGGGUCUAGUUUCGUCGUUUGUGAAUUUAUAUAGAUUUUUUUUGGACUAUAAAUUAGUACGAAAAGUCAAUAUGGCACAUGCAAUAUUAUUUUGUCGUAGGAUAAUAUUAUUAUUUGUAAAUAUGUAUCAAUGUAUAAUAAUUUAUACCACAUAGCUGCUUGUUAAGAUUACCUACUCUAAAGUCUCGAAACGAUUAUAUUUAAAUUUUGAUCACUUGCCCAUUUACGUAGCAUCAGUUUUCACUGCUAGUGCCUAUCUUCAUUAAUGAAUAGGUACUGGUGAAAUUGUAGAUUUAAUUAUCUUAAAAUUUUGCAUCAUCAUAAAUAUUCAUUUAAUUUGAAAAGUAUUAUUUUAAUGCAUUUUAACUUUUUAAUUUUGUGUCCAACUCAUUUGGAUUUAAUUAUCAUUUAUAUGUAUUGUUUCUUUUUAUGUGAAUAUCUUGUUGUUUUUCUGGUUUGAAUGCAGAUUUUUUAAAUAAUUAGCACACUACCUACUCACAGAGUAAAGUUUUGUGUAAGUAUGUUACGAUCAUACAUUCUGACCCCUUUACUAAUAAAAAGUUACACAGUUGUUGAACACUGUUUUAAAAUGACAUUUCCAUACUAAACGUCACUUUAAAACGCUGUUCAACGAGCGUGUAAGUUAGGGGGUCAGUAUUCUGACGAUGAUGAUCUUAUUUUAUCGGGCAAUUCUAUAAGUAGGUAAGCUAAGCUUCGAAGUAUCCUUAUUGUCCUUCCAUACAUAUUGUAUUGGUCUCUCAACACAGAGAGUAAUCAUGUUAGAGAGUAAGCAAUUAAAAAUGAGUUCAUUUUUUAAUUACUUUGUAUUUAAUACGAUUUACCAUACGAAUAAAUUUGUAAAUGCUGUAAGUCGAAUUCGAUUUCGACUGAACUUAUAUUGGCCAUUAUUUAUAUCUAUCUAUAGCGUAUAUAACAUUGUAUAUAACAUUUCAUUAUGAACAAAGUUUGUUAGUGUGUAAUAAAAGUAUAAGAAUAUACCUAUAUUUAAUAAUAAGUUAUUUUUAAAUAAAUGUAUU